AUGCUGGUGGUCAGGCGCAGGUUGACAGGUUCCAGAGAAGAGGAGCUUGCCAGGGUGCGGUCAGCCUUUGUUUCAAGGGUAUCUGCAGAAAUUCUUACACAGCUCCUUGAAGCCCUUGUAAGUGAUGGUGUUUUAAAUGAAUUGGAGAAAGAAUCGACACUGGAGGAGAACUCAGUCAGAGCAGAUAAGGCACGGUGCACCAUCGACACAGUGAGGAAGAAAGGGGACAGAGCCUGUAAGAUAAUGAUCAGACAUCUUCAGAGAAUAGAUCCAUUUCUCUUCUCUCAGCUGCGUUUAUAUUCGGAUCCAUCUGCUCAGCAGGAGGCUCUUCAGAACUGUCAGCCUUUCCUUAAAUCUAAGCUGAAGAAGAAGUUCCAGUGUGUUUUUGAGGGCAUCGCUAAAGCAGGAAACCCAACCCUUCUGAAUCAGAUCUACACAGAGCUCUACAUCACAGGGGGAGGAAUAGCCGAAAUCAGUGAUCAACAUGAGAUCAGACAGAUUGAAAUAGCUUUUAAGAAAGCAGACAGAUCAGAAAGAGUAAUCAGACGAGAAGACAUCUUUAAACCCUCACCUGGAAGAGAUGAACCAAUCAGAACAGUGCUGACAAAGGGAGUGGCUGGCAUUGGGAAAACAGUCUUAACACAGAAAUCCACCCUGGACUGGGCUGAAGACAAAGCCAACCAGGACAUCCAGUUCAUGUUUCCAUUCACUUUCAGAGAGUUGAAUGUGCUGAAAGAGGAAAAGUUCAGCUUGGUGGAACUUGUCCAUCACUUCUUUAAUGAAACCAAAGAAGCAGGAAUCUGUAACUUCGAAGACUUCCAGGUUGUGUUCAUCUUUGAUGGUCUGGAUGAGUGUCGACUUCCUCUGGACUUCCACAAAACUAAGAUCCUAUCUGACCCAAGAAAGUCCACCUCAGUGGAUGUACUGCUGAUAAACCUCAUCAGGGCGAACCUGCUCCCCUCUGCUCGCCUCUGGAUAACCACACGACCUGCAGCAGCCAAUCAAAUCUCUCCUGAAUGUGUUGACAUGGUGACAGAGGUCAGAGGGUUCACUGACCCACAGAAGGAGGAGUACUUCAGGAAGAGAUUCUGUGCUAACAAACAUGUCAGCAGGAUCAUUUCCCACAUCAAGACAUCACAAAGCCUCCGCAUCAUGUGUCACAUCCCAGUCUUCUGCUGGAUCACUGCUACAGUUCUGGAGGAUGUGCUGAAAACCAGAGAGGGAGGACAGCUACCCACGACCUUGACUGAGAUGUACAUCUACUUCCUGGUGGUUCAGGCCAAAGUGAAGAAGGUCAAGUAUGAUGGAGGAGCUGUGACAGAUCCACAUUGGGAUCCAGAAAGCAGGAAGAUGAUUAAAUCUCUUGGAAAACUGGCUUUUGAUCAGCUGCAGAAAGGAAACCUGAUCUUUUAUGAAUCAGACCUGACAAAGUGUGGCAUCGAUAUCAGAGCAGCCUCAGUGUACUCAGGAGUGUUCACACAGAUCUUUAAAGAGGAGAGAGGACUGUACCAGGACAAGGUGUUCUGCUUCAUCCAUCUGAGUGUUCAGGAGUUUCUGGCUGCUCUUCAUGUCCAUCUGACCUUCAUAAACUCUGGCCUCAAUUUGCUGGAAGAACAAACAACCUCCCAGAACUCUGAAAGAGAAGAAUCUGAGGAGAAAUACUUCUACCGGAGUGCUGUUGACAAGGCUUUAGAGAGUCCAAAUGGACACCUGGACUUGUUCCUCCGCUUCCUCCUGGGUCUUUCACUACAGACCAAUCAGACUCUCCUACGAGGUCUGCUGACACAGACAGGAAGUAGCUCACAGACUAAUCAGAGAACCGGAAAGUACAUUAAGAAGAAGCUCAGUAAGAUUCUGUCUGCAGAGAAAAGCAUCAAUCUGUUUCACUGUCUGAAUGAACUGAAUGAUCGUUCUCUAGUGAAGGAGAUCCAACAGUCCCUGAGAUCAGGAAGUCUCUCCACAGAUGAAUUGUCUCCUGCUCAGUGGUCAGCUCUGGCCUUCAUUUUACUGUCAUCAGAAAAAGAUCUGGAUGUGUUUGACCUGAAGAAA